AUGCCCGCGGUGACGCCGCCCCCCAGCGCCCCUGGCGUCCACAAGAACCCCUGGGCGAUCAUCCCCCGCAGCUGCGCCGCCAACGUGAUGCCCCACAUCCGCCCGGCGAUGCCCUCCCUGGAGGCGAUCUCCGCGUCACCCCACUACCCGGUUGCGGUGACACCAAACCCCGUGGUGGGCGGCUUCCGAUUCAACGGGUCGGCGGACCCCCAGCAGCAGCUGAACAUCAACGGGGGCGUGAUAGAGGUGGACGGCGCCGUGUUCAAGGGCAAGUUGAUAGUCCACAUGGAUGACCUGCCAACAACAGACCCCUCGGUCUUCGCGGGCAAGAAGCGCUUGGUUCACGCUGCGGCGCAGGGCAGGUUCAAGCGGCGCGUCAGGGCGGCCGCCAUCUGCACAGGCCAGGAGUAUUAUGCAGAGAUCACCGCGGGCUCUGGGGUGGAGUGGUUCUUUGAGCAGAUGCUGCGGACCUGCGGCAAGGCACGUUAA